GCAAGCGAAAACAUUGACCUUUUCGUUUUCAACAGAGAGUAUAUUUUCGAUUUGACGUUCUUAUCUUUAGCGACUUUUGCAUUUUACGGUGAUUCCUUUUGCUUUGCGGAGAGUGCGUAAAUAUGAACAUAAUUAUAAUAUGAAAGUUUGGUUUCUAUUGAAAUAAUGAAAUCCAAUCGAUUCAGGAAUAAUGAUUGGCCAAGUUACUGUUAAGCUUCGUGUCUAUCAAGUGUAACUGAUUCUAAAAUUAGAUGGAGUCUCGGCGCAUUUAGUAUUAAACAAUGCCGAAGGUGCCGUACAAGUCGUCAGAGCAACCCGCUCGGGACGACGAGGAUUACGAGAUCGUGUCGUUUGAGGACUUCUGCGACAAGUCUCCGGGAUCGAAAACCGAUUUAUUGACUUUAAACGACAACAUUAACUAUCGAAUUUGUUACGAGGGCGAGAAGCCCGUGAAAUUUGUGGAUGACGAUGGUGGGACGUCCAGCAGAGACUUGGAGCAGCUGGAAACCUCCCUGAACGGCUCUAAGGUCAGCUUCAAGGAGCGGUUGUCAAAUUUUGCGCCCUUCGGGAAAGCGUCGAAGACCACGAGAGGGUCUCCGUUCAGUGGAGUUAUACCAAAGGCUCGGACUGAAAGCGACUCUCCUAGGGAGCAUAGAUACCAACGCUUUUCAUCUCGGCGCAACAUCUGCCAGCGCCUCUGCGACGGUCUGCCGUGCUACGGCUCCGGGAUCAUACUGGUGAUAAUGGUAUGCGCGCUGUGCGCAGGCGCGUGGUGGGCCGUGUGCGGCGCAGUGGGCGGCGCGUGGGGCGAGGAGCACUACAGACGAUUAUGGGAGCGAGCACACCCGGACAACGUGAAGAAACCACCCACUCCAAUCACAUAUGAAAAGAUAUUGCCGGAAUUCCGCUACCACGACCACAACAACCUGAGCACGAAAAACAAGCUGAACGCGACCGAACUAUCUAAAAAGAAGCCCGAUCUGUAUAAGAAGGCGUAUACGGAGCGCCCGCCCGAGGUUAUGAGCGACAUCUGCGCGCAGAUCGAGGAUAAUAUGAGGUUCGACUGUUUCCCGCAAGAUGGCGCUAAUGAGAAGGACUGUGUGCAAAGAGGUUGUUGCUGGCUCCCCGCGAAGACCCAAGGCGCGCCAUACUGCUACUACCCUCCGCAAUACGACACAUACCGUUUCGCGAACAUGACCGAGACUAAGCACGGUGCCACAGCAUACUACCAGCGUAUGCGGCCUUCCGGCUACCCCGCCGACUUCGAAAUAGCCAGGAUGGACUUUAAGUACCUGUCUGACGAUGUUCUUCAAAUCAAGGUUGGUUGUGACUGCUAUAUAUACCCUCAUUUUAAUGUUAGCAAUGCGUCAGUGCCAUAUACCUACUACUCUCCCCAAUACGACACAUACAGUUUCGCGAAAAUGUCCGAAACUAAGCACGGCGCGACGGCGUACUACCAGCGCAUGCGGCCUUCCGGCUACCCCGCUGACUUCGAAAUAGCCAGGAUGGACUUUAAAUACCUGUCUGACGAUGUUCUUCAAAUCAAGCACGGCGCGACGGCGUACUACCAGCGCAUGCGGCCUUCCGGCUACCCCGCCGACUUCGAAAUAGCCAGGAUGGACUUUAAGUACCUGUCUGACGAUGUUCUUCAAAUCAAGGUUGGUUGUGACUGCUUUAAAUACCCUCAUUUUAAUGUUAGCAAUGCGUCAGUGCCAUAUACCUACUACUCUCCCCAAUACGACACAUACAGUUUCGCGAAAAUGUCCGAAACUAAGCACGGCGCGACGGCGUACUACCAGUACAUGCGGCAUUCCGGCUACCCCGCCGACUUCGAAAUAGCCAGGAUGGACUUUAAGUACCUGUCUGACGACGUUCUGCAAAUCAAGAUCUAUGACGCGGAAAACAAGCGCUUCGAGCCCCCAUACCCUGAGAUACCUAUGGUCCCUGGACCUAUCUCCAACCUUAAGUACCGCGUGCAGAUUGAGAGCGCUACUGUUGGCUUCAAGGUCAUUAGGAAUUCUGAUAACGUCACCCUUAUAAACACUCAAGAUGUCGGCGGUCUCAUCCUAUCCGACAAAUUCCUCCAACUAUCGGCCAUUCUACCCUCGUCUCAAAUCUACGGCCUCGGCGAGCGACAGUCCCGGUUCAAACUCGACAUGAACUGGAAGACAUACGCUAUGUUUAACUACGACGCCGCGCCUACUGAAAACAUAAACUUGUACGGCACGCAUCCAUUCUACUUGAAUCUGGAGCCCAGCGGGAAUAGCCACGGCAUGCUUCUGCUCAACUCUUACGCCAUGGACGUGAUCGUCCAGCCAGCGCCAGCCAUAACGUACCGCACCACCGGCGGGGUGUUGAACCUGUUCCUGUUCGCCGGGCCCGCGCCCGCGGAGGUGGCGGCGCAGUACACGGGGCUAGUCGGCCGCCCCGCCAUGCCGCCGUACUGGGCGCUCGGCUUCCAUCUCUGCAAAUACGACUACGGUAGCUUGAACGUGACUAGAGACGUGUGGCAGAAGAAUAGGGACGCUGGGAUUCCAUUUGAUGUCCAAUGGAAUGAUCUGGACUACAUGAACAACUCGAACGAUUUCACGUACGACAAGGUCAAAUACGCCGGUCUACCAGAAUUCGUCGACGAACUGCAUAAAGACGGGAUGCACUACGUAGUGCUCAUAGAUCCCGGUGUGAGCGCUGGCGAGGCACCCGGUGACUACCCUCCUUUCGACCGCGGCGUGGAGUUGGACAUCUUCAUCAAGAAUUCUACCAAACAACCUUUCAUUGGCAAGACUUGGAACAAGAUCUCAACGGCGUAUCCAGACUUCACGCACCCCAGCGCCACCGCUUAUUGGGUCGAGAUGAUGACUAGUUUACACAAGGAGGUACCUUUCGACGGAGCCUGGAUUGACAUGAACGAGCCCUCCAACAUGUUAUCCGGCCCCCUGCACGGCUCCUGCGCUCCAGAGGAUCUCCCAUACAAGCCCCAUACAUCCGGCACAGACGGUCUACGAAGCAAAACCAUUUGUAUGGACGCCCAACACUACGCCGGCUCCCAUAGAGACUGGCACAACUUGUACUCGCUCACUGAAGCCGUCGCCACGGACUUCGCGCUAACAGAGAUCCGUGGGAAGCGUCCCUUCAUCAUCUCCCGGUCCACCUUCGUGGGUUCCGGACGCUACGCUGGUCAUUGGAGCGGCGACGUGUUCAGCGAGUGGCACGACAUGGCCAUGUCCAUACCCGAAAUCCUAAGCUUCAGCCUGUUCGGUAUACCAAUGAUGGGCGCCGAUAUCUGCGGCUUCAACGGCGAUACCACAGUAGAACUUUGCAAGCGCUGGAUGCAGCUAGGGGCUUUCUAUCCCUUCUCACGGAACCACAACUCUGAUCGAUCUAUCCCUCAAGAUCCAGUUAGCUUGGGCCCAGAGGUGGUAGAAGCCAGCAAGCAGGCGUUACGAACUCGCUACCGACUGUUGCCGUACUAUUACACGUUAUUCUGGCGCGCACACGUCGCCGGGGAAACUGUAGCUAGACCGCUGUUCUUUGAAACACCCGAAAACCCGGUGACCCACGACAUCGACGCCCAAUUCCUCAUAGGCCCUUACAUCAUGAUAUCACCCAUUUUAGAACAGGGUGCCAGGACUACCCGCGCCUACUUCCCCGGCACCUGGUACAACCUGCAGAAUGGCAUGAUGCUGGCACAUGAUCAGUGGAACAAGUUAGAUGAGAACCAGACGGUCUCUGUCCGGGUUAGUACAUUACUUGUUCUCGUUCCUCGGCGCCUGUACCCCGGCGCCUGGUACAACCUGCAGGAUGGCACAAUGCUGGCACAUGAUCAGUGGAACAAGUUAGAUGAGAACCAGACGGUCUCUGUCCGGAUGAGAACCAGACGGUCGCUGUCCGGGUUAGUACAUUACUUGUUCUCGUUCCUCGGCGCCUGGUACAACCUGCAGGAUGGCACAAUGCUGGCACAUGAUCAGUGGAACAAGUUAGAUGAGAACCAGACGGUCGCUGUCCGGGGUGGCGGUAUAAUUCCACUCCAGGAACCGCCCCCGGGCGCGGUGAACACGCAGCGCGCGCGCUCCGUGCCGCUGCAGCUGCUCGCCGCUCCGGCCGCGAGGCGCGCUCAAGGACACCUGUAUUGGGACCAUGGAGAUACCCUAACCAGCUACGAAGAGAAACAAUACAGCCACAUAGAGUUCCUGCUCACCUACACCGAACUAAAGAGCGUAGUCCCGUGGUGGGGCCACGGGGUCCCUCCCGUCAACAAGGUAACUCUACUUGGCCAACAAUUACCCGUACAGACCGUCUCUAUAAACAACGCGCCGUGCGUCAAACCUUGCCAAUUCACAUACAACCCGAAGAAUAAGGUAUUAGAUAUAUUCAAUAUGACGCUAGCUUUGGAUAAGCCGUUCAGUAUUAAAUGGACGUUUAAGUUGAUGUUUACCCCGUAUGUUAAUAGGGUGGAGAAAGUUAGAAAUGAUACGUUAGUUUGAACAUUUAUUUGUCGUGGGUUUUGUGGAUCAGCU